AUGGGUAGGAACAAAAUCCAACUAUCUCAUAGUAAAACAGAUGGGUUUUUCUCACUUUCUCAUGAAGACUACUCUUAUCCUGGAGGUUUGUUUGCUAGCGUUGGCCAAAUGGGGAUAGGGUUUGGUGUUCAACAACCCAAUCCUUCUGAUUCCAAUGAAAAUGGCGAUGACCCUAAACUUCCUUUCAAUGAAUUAUACAUAAAGUAUAUUCAAUCACUAUGGAAAUUUGAGGCUAAUGGGGUUAAGGUGAAGGGUGAAGUGGAAGAAGGUGUUAAGGCAAAGAGUAAAAAUGGUGGGUUUAAACUCAAGAUUAAGAUUAGGAAUCCUUCUAUUAGAAGGCUAUGUAGUGGAGCUAUUGCGGGGGCGAUCUCUCGGACCACUGUGGCGCCAUUGGAGACUAUUAGGACUCAUUUGAUGGUUGGGAGUAGUGGUCAUUCUAGCACUGAGGUUUUCAAUGAUAUUAUGAAAACGGAUGGAUGGAAGGGUUUGUUUAGGGGUAAUCUAGUUAAUGUCAUUCGUGUUGCGCCGAGCAAGGCCAUUGAGCUAUUUGCUUAUGAUACGGUAAACAAGAACCUAUCCGCAAAGCCCGGGGAGCAGUCCAAACUCCCGGUUCCUGCAUCACUGAUUGCAGGUGCCUGUGCUGGAGUGAGUUCGACUAUAUGCACAUAUCCGCUUGAACUACUCAAGACUAGACUAACUAUCCAGAGAGGUGUUUAUAAUGGUCUCCUUGACGCAUUCGUGAAAAUAAUUAAAGAAGAGGGUCCUGCCGAACUAUACAGAGGCCUUACCCCUAGUCUUAUUGGUGUUAUUCCAUAUUCAGCUACCAAUUACUUCGCCUACGACACACUACGCAAAGCAUACCGAAAAUUCUUCAAACAAGAGAAAAUUGGCAACAUUGAAACCCUUUUGAUUGGUUCAGCAGCCGGUGCUAUUUCAAGUACUGCAACUUUUCCACUCGAGGUGGCUCGCAAGCAAAUGCAAGUUGGAGCUCUCAGUGGAAGACAGGUUUACAAAGACGUGCUUCAUGCGCUUGUUAGCAUACUAGAAAAAGAAGGGAUCCAGGGUCUAUAUAGAGGACUUGGACCUAGUUGUAUGAAGUUAGUGCCAGCCGCCGGAAUCUCUUUCAUGUGUUACGAAGCAUGCAAGAAGAUACUUAUAGAUGAUGACGAGAAGGAAUAG